CAUAUACUUAAUGCAGUAAUUUACCGUGUCAAAUUUUAUUUCAAGGUUAUGUUUAUCAGUGAAUGUUGACAAUAUGAAUUUUUACUGACAUUGAAUCUAUAUUACGAAUUUUUUUUAUUGUAUAACUUUUGGUGUAUUGAGUUUGAAAAACGAGAAAUUUAUAUCUGCUAAUUCUGUGAGAUAUUUACCCAAUCUAUUGUCUGAAGAGGUUAUGUUACAUUGUUUCAUGUGAUAAGUAUAAAUUUAGCAGAUUUAAACAUGAAUAUGAACUAUGGAUUUUGUGAUUUAUGUAUCAGCCCAAGAAACUUUGAAGAGCAGACACUGAGUCGAAUGUUAACGGAGUUAUAUCAGUUGGGUUACGAGACAGUGGCAAUUAAUCAAACUCUAGACGAAAGUGUUUUCAAUGAUGGCAAAAGGAAGAAAGGACAAAAUACAACCAACCGAUUUGUUGUACCUGAGCCAGUGGACAUUAAAAACUUAGUUGAAGAAUUUAAGGGAAAGUUGACUAUUUUGAACAGAAUAACAUUUAUUUUCUCCGAUCCUCUCCGGACUCACUCAUUGGCUCAGUCAUCAGCAUUAAAGAAGUAUCACCUGUAUGCUGCUCUACCAAAAUCACAGGAUGCAUUUCAAUUUGCCUGCUCCCAGUUGAAUGCAGACAUAAUUGUUAUAAAUACACCACGUUCUGGCCUUAGUAUUAACAGAAAAAUGUAUUUUCGAGCAAUACAGAGGGGACUGCAUUUUGAAAUACAAUAUACGCAUCUGAUUAAUCCAGAUACUCGAAAGGUUGCUUUGUAUUACUCUCAUUUAUUUCAUUCAGUUGGCAAAAGCAAGAACGUAAUAAUAACCAGUGGUGCUCAUAAUAAAAUGCAGCUCAGAAAUCCAUAUGAUAUAAUCAACUUGGCUGCUUUAUUAGGUUUGUCAGAAACAAAAGCGAAAGCAUCGUUACAUUGGCAGUGUAGAUUUCUACUUUUAAAAGCUGAAGGAAGACGUUUUGGUAAAGCAAUUUUUUCUAUUGUACCACUAAAAAAACGAUCCUUGGACAAUACGGAAGAGACGACAUCACCGGUAACAAAGAAAAAGAAAUUGUAAUUCUGAUGGGCCAUUUGAAAUCAGUCAUUUUGACUGGUCUUGGUAGUUCAAGUGUUAAUCAAUAUAUCAUUUGGAAAUGAACAACUAGAUUCAAAGAAACAUUUUAUAAUUGCAGUUUGUUUAUUACGGGUCUCAAGCUUUUUACAAUUCGUGAUAAAACUCAAGAAUGAUAUAAAACGAAGAUCAUGUUUUAAAUUUCUCUAAAACUAACAUCUUCACAGAAGUAACAACGCGUGUAAUGGUCUCUCGGAUUUUGAAAACUCAACUGUACAUCAGGAUAAUUUUACACUGUAAUUAGAAUUGUACAUAAACUGCACACGGUUACAGCGGUUCUAUCAAUAGAAUACAGUUGUACUUGCGUAAACCGAAUGCUGAUAAAAUAGCUUGAAAUGAUUUCGGAAGUAGAACUUUUCAAGGUAUGAUUGACCUUUGGUGUUUUAAAUACAACAAACGUGUAUUUUGAAAAUAAAUUGUAAGUGAUUACCGA